AUGGUACAGUGGGCCACUUUGCACACAACAUCGCGUCGAGCGUUGACUCCGCACGAGCAGUGCGCAUUGUGCCGCGCGCUGUACGCACUCGCGCACGCACACGCACACGCGGACGACACAUACACACUCGAGGCUUUGAGCAAGUGCGGGGAAACUGCCGUACCUAUACUAUUGCGGUUCGUGUGCCACGAACGAAGUCCCAGCGUGCGUCGCGCAGCGCUGGGCUGGCUGUCCCACUCCCACUCGCAAUCUACACUGCUGGCCAUCGCGCAGCAAGCCGCCACAUGUGUGGACCCCGCCUCCACCACUAAAUCAAUCGGAUUGGAUAUAGCACAAAUGUUAAUAAGCGCAUUGAAAGACGAAAACACAUUGGUGAAAACUGUGCUACCGGAAUUGAUCAUUCAAAUUUCAAACACGAGAGAACUAUACGCGGAAACUGCCUUUAAUAAUGCAACCGAAUUAUUAAUCGACAAAAUCGAAUUAUUCGAAAACGAGGUUUUGAAAAGUAUUACAAUAAAUCUAUUAAAAGUGCUGUGUUCAUCACAAAAUGGCGGAACGUCACACGGAAUGGCGGAUAUUCGAAUAAUGAGGAAAUUUACCAAAAUGACCAUUGAGUUUUUAAAGAGAUUGGGAGAAUAUAAGGGAAAUAAUUUAUUUGAUGUAGUCGAUGAUAUUUUCAUGAUUGUUGGAAAAAAAGUUGUGGAAUUUUCGCGCCUUUUUUACGUUCUAUCGGUUGUCAAAGAAGUGUACCAGUUGGACACAGACAGGUGCAGAAAUAUUUUGUUGCGUGAAGGCAAUUAUAUUUCUAAUAUUUUAUUUGAUGAGAGGGAAAAUCAAGUUAGUUUAGAUUAUUUGCAUUUGGAAGCCGUUUUAAAGUUUUGUACGGUAUACGCGGAAGUUCUGUUGGAAUUGCAUUAUGAGGGUACUCUAAAUUUCCUAUCAAGGAUACUUACAAAACUGCACCCAUAUCAAGUAGAACUACAAUACGCAUCUAUAUUCACUUGUCUAACUAAAUGUAGAGAAAUAUUAAAGAGCACCCCUCGAAUUUUGAUCACCAGCUUUGAAAACUGGUGUAGGAAGCUUCCGGUGGAAGAUAUACGCGGCAAUCUUCAAAGGUACAAAUUUUCCAAAGAGGAUAUGGCGCUGGUGAAAUCUUUGAAACUUAUGCUCGAGUGCUUUGAUAUAACCGACCCGGGGUUUGCCGAUCUGAACAGACACACGCAAAACUGGCUUCACUGCGUCCAGGAAUUGAAUGAAUCUGGAUAUAUUGAGAGGAACAUGAGCAAAUUGCCAUAUUUGACGGACCUACUUCAUGUUUUAUUCCGAUUUUUGACAGUGACAGAUGUCAAGAGUGUCAUUUCGAUUUGCGGUGAGGAGUUUUGUGCGAUUUUCAUGCCUGCGCUGUUCCACUAUUUCGUACGGCAGCCGUAUUUACUACUGGAUCACAACCUGGAGAAGUUUUGCGGUCUCUUGAAUGAGAUAGUGAAGUAUUACGUUAGGAAAUGUAAUCUGGAGGAAUACUGUGAUCUCAUUUUGAAUUUGGUUGACACGUUAUGGCCGAAAUACGAGAGCGUAUGCGAUUUCAAGAAGAAGCAUUCUCUGCUUGUGGAUAUGUUGAGCUUGCCGAGGAAGCUCGGGCCGUAUUCGAACCCGAUGCAGUGGAUCAUGGACUCGAUACGAUCGGACGAGUGCAGCUGCGAGAUGAAAGCUAAAUUGAUUGGUGUGCUGCCGACUGGCGAGGCUUACAGCGGCACGUGGCAGUGUUUCCUGGGGCUGGUGCCGGCGCGGCUGGGAGACGCGCGCGGCGAGCAGAGCCUGAUGCUGCGCGCGCUACUGGACGCUCUGUUGGUUGCCGACUGCUCGCUGCUAGACCACCUCUGCCAGCUGGUCUCAGGCGACACGGAGAAGGGAUGGUGGGACGAUGCCAUUGACGCCUGUAUGGUCACACUGGCAUCAAGAAACGACAUCACUAUAUACGAGACCGUUUACAAGAAGUGCUCGGACGGGCUGUCAUUGGGAGUCUGCAAUCGACUCAUGGUGCCUUUACUGAGGUGCUCUAAUGCGUCACUCUGCGAGGAGUUCUUCUCCAGCAAACUAAAGGACCUUCUAGCGGUGCUGAGAAAGAGACCUCGGGGAGCGACCGCUCACUAUAUCUACCACAAAGCUGUCGUGGAUUAUUUGAGGGCGUUGAUUCUGCUAAAAGUUGCUUUUGAAAAGAUACCUAGAGCCCACAUCGAGUCUCCAAACUCGGUCCUCUACAAGCGGAUGUCCGCAGAAGUGCAAGACAAUAUUUUCUACCUGGCGAAGACAGUCGCGAUGUGCUGCGUGGAGCUGGAGGCGAAGAAGGUGGUCGUCUGCCCCGCUGGUGCAGACCAGAAGCUGAAGAAUAACUGUCUACUGUUCCACUGUGAGAACUACAACUGUCUGACCGCGGCGAUCUUCUGCCGCGAGCCGAAGGAGUCCAAGUUCUACGACUUGAUCUACAACGAAGCCGCCUGGAAUCGAAUUGUGGACCCGGAUGUCACGUACGAUCUACCGCUGAGGGCGCAGUGGCAGCGGAAGCGGACAGUGAAGCAAGCAGUGAGCGUGGAGUUGUCCAGCGACAGCCCACUGCUGGGCCGCUCGCUGACUCGCACCAGUGCUCGCACCAGAACUCGCACCUUCCUCCACACGCUCUCCGAAAACCCGCUGGACUUUGACCUUCAGCUGCCUUGCGAUGAACAGGACGACGGUCAUGAGAUGUCGGUGUCUGAGAGCUCUGUGAACGAGCACGCUUGUGCUGCCACGCUGACGGCUGCCACCAGCCGCAUCUGCCUCCUGCCCAUCAGCUCGUGGCAGCACAGAAUCGCUGCUGCCCUGAGGGCUCACCUGCAUCACAACGUCAAGUGGCUCCUCGCACAGGUGAUUUGCAAUUGUACUGAAGAUGUGAAGAGUCACGCCAGCAUUCUACGGCCGGCGUUGCUGGAGAUGAUCGUACAAACGUCCAGCGAUGGGGCGGGAGGGGUGCUGAACGGUCUGCAUGUGCAAAUUCUGGACACGAUCAUACAGUGGCGAGGCGAGACAAACGAGUUGGAGUCGGAUGCCAUAGACAAUCUGAACGUGACCAUAGAGCGUCUCAUCGCGACCUGUAUCCGCAACGCGCGGCGUCAACAAAUAGUAAACGAUCUUAUAGAGAGGAUGAACUCCUUAUUGGAGAUGUACGGGACGGUCGUGAAGAUCGGAUGGACAUGCUUUCAGGAUUAUAUGGAAGCUCGAAACACAUCCGCCCCUAAGACCUACCUCCAAAUCCUUAAGAACAUAACCAAAAGAAAGAUACACAUACCGGAGCUGCUGCCCAAUCUGAUUCAGACUCUCGAGUCCAGACAGGACCGGAACAGCCGCUUAGCCAACUUGGCUAACCAGGUCGAUUUGGGUCAACUGGCUCAACUCUUCGGCCGUGCGCUGGCAGCUGCUCCAGUCAGUACCAGGUUUGAAAUGUUGAAGAGAUACCGGAAUGUUCUAGAGAAGAACAAAAGCGACGUCUCUGAGUAUAUCAAGCUUUUGUAUAACGCGCAGGUUGAGUUCCCUGAAGUUUGCGAUGGACUUCAUUUCAGGAGAGUGACGGACUUAGCUACAAAAGUGGUCGGUCGGAACAAAACAAAGUGUUUAGAAAUCCUGUCCAUGUACAUUGCUAAAGCGUCACGUGAUGAAGACAUAACGGCAAUGUUUGAAACGAUAGAGAUAUCGGAGUUGAUGGUGCGAGGUGAUGAGAUCGUGUUGGGCUUGGUGAUGAAUGGCCUGCUGGUGAUGGGAGAGCAGUUGAAGAGGAGGGUGAUCUUGCAGUGCGUGGAGCACUGCUCUCAUCCCGUCUGGAAGGUCAGGAAAGCGGCUUUGGGUGUGUUAUUGAAGGCUUUUGAAGGUCUAAUUGUACCCAGUGCAGAGGAAUCGAAUCCCAAACGGCCAGCAAAGUUGAACAAUCCGUUGAUGCGAGAUGUCGGGUUCAAUAAGCCAAUGGCGGCGUUCGGACUUGGCUUGGUCUGCGAGCCGGAUACUGGAGACCUGCGAGAUGCAAUGAGCCGGCAUUUGACAGCCGCUGGACUAGUUAAGAGGUUCUGCGAGACGUUCAUCAUCACCGUUCACCUGCCCGUAUUGCAUGCUGCGUGCAGUGAGAAGUACGUGUCUGUCUGCGUGUCCGUCUUGCUUGAUAUAUUCUUCAAGGAUCUGAGGGAGAAUGAGGCUUUCAAGCGGACUCUGCUUAGAGAUCAACCUUUGGAGAGCACUUCAUCGGCGGCCACAGUUAAAACGGUAGCAAGAACUGCAAGCCGGCCUGCGAGUAACCAAGAUAAUGCAACUACAGAGGAAAUAAAAUCGGUGGACGAUGCACUUGGAGCUCUGUUGCAGUUUGCAAAGAGCUCUCCUGAGGUGGCAUCCGCUCUUUGUCUCCAAGUUAUGUCUGCACUGAAUUCACGGACGAGUAGCGGGUUCGAUUUCGCGGCCACCAUGUCCGAGUUGCUGGUGCCGAUGCUGGGCCGCAUCAGCGAUCUGACCCCCUUUCUGGUGGAAGCCUGCAGGCUGUUUGUGGACGAAUGUUGCCACAUUAAUGGAUUCAAAGAAACUGUGGAGGCUUUGGUAAAAACUGCAAAAGGAACAGAAGGCCAAUGCUUGGUGCAAGCGUUGUACGAGGAUGUACUGAUACGCUGUCCCGGACUGAAUUACUUCAUUUUGAGUAAAAUUAACCACGACAACGAAGACUGGGAUAUGACAGAGUUAAACAAGCAUUUUUCAUUGGAGGAUUUGGUCGCGUCAUUUGGUAUGCUGUCAAAUUGGGAGGAUCUGACAUUGCAGCAGAGAACAUCUGUGGAGUCCAGCCUGCCCCCUCUCUGGGUGGAUAUUGACACUUACAAGGUGGAGCUGGAUGGACGGUCCGACACGUCAUCAAACAGCUGGUUCGACAAGAUGGCGUCCGUGUACCGUAAGGGGAGCUAUCUCAGCAUGAAGUGGUUGAGUGAGUUACUUCGCUGGCCGAGGAGCUUGUUCUCGACGUCUGCUACAGUAGAAGCGAUCCAGUUGGAGAAGAUGCAAAAGGAGUCCUUCGACGAUUUUCUAAAAUACUUGAGCUGUGAUAUCCGUCCCGUCGACUGUUUAGCGGAAUGGGCAGCCAGGAUCUUAACCAGAGCGGCUUACUUAGAGAAAGCGACGGAAGAGUAUAGAAACAAUUAUACAGAUUCAAAGAGUUUGUCCCUCUCGCACGCUCUGCAGUGGUGCUUGAGUGCGAACGAGAGAGAGCUACCCAGUCAAGUGCUGCGCUGCGUCAGUAGUUUUAUCAGAGAGAAGACGACAACUCUUCCAUGGCUGAGUCAGGAACUGAUCGCAAAGAGAAAGUUGGCGUUGAGAAGCAAUAUCGAAGGCGAUUUGGCUAAAAUAUUAGAAAGAGCAGAGACAGAGGGCGCUCUUCUAAGUCAGGGCGCUCCGCUGGAAGAUAUAAUUGAAAUCAAUCAUCUUACAUUGUUGCUUCAUCGGGAUUUAAAUUCACUGACGAAAGAGAAAUUACAGUAUACUCUGAACAAUAUGCAACAGCAAUAUCUUAAGGCAUCAGAGGGGGCGAUAGUUCAAGGGAGGAAUAAACAAAUGCUGCAGUCUAUGGUGGAGCUGGCGAUCAUGCACUACGACGGCUUGUGGAAGGAAGUCAAUGAUUCUGAAGAACAAAACACAAUCCUCACUGACAUAUGUAGCGCUCUAGAUCCAGCUUUGAGUUUGAACCUGAACCUCAAGUAUAGUAAUCUAUUGGAUGUAAUACUCAACCGUCUCAGUGACUUCGCUGGUUAUAAACUGAGUGAUGAAGCAACUUCUGCUGUGCUUGGGACGAUUGAAACCCUAAUUCACGAGAUGGACGAUUUCGCCAUGGACGAGAUUAAGAGGAAUAUAUUCAAGUUCUCCUCGCAGCGGUCCUCUGAGUUGAUCGCCAAGUUGGAAAGGGAGGAAGUGGAGACGAGCAAGUUUAAGAAAUGUCUUCAACUUGUUGCUGAUGCUGAAUAUGCUCUGAAGCAGUAUUGUCGAGGACUGAGGGGUGCUCUAGAGCGUGAUGAUGGCGUGGAAUGGUCGCAAAUAUUCAACAGAAUGAAGGAAAAGAUCUUUGAAAAUCCCUACGCUGGUCCAGAUUACCAGGUCCUGUCCAAGUAUCACACUGUUUUAUACAGUAUUUCUGACUUUGAUCACAUGGAUAAAACAUCGGCGAAACAAACACUCCAACGUUUGACCAACGAACUUUCAUCCAAUAAACAAACUUUGCGACUGUCGCAACUCUGUCCCACUCUCGCGCAGGCGACUAUUUUGCGUGGGAGCGAGACGGACGACUGCUUGUCGCGGCUUUUGAUGUUGCCGCGUGGCGUACAUUUCCUUAAAUUUGAAGAGCAAGUGUCGGUGUUCACGGAGUCGGUGCGUCGGCCGGUGGUGGUGACCGUCCGGCUGUCCGAUGGUAACACUCGUCCGCUGCUGGUGAAGGGCGGCGAGAGCCUGCGCCGAGACGCGGCCGCGCUGCGCCUGCUGCGAGGCUUGCCGAUUCCCGCCCAGCAGCACUACCAGGUGACGCCGCUAAGCGAAGACUGUGGUCUCAUCGAGUACCUGGAAGAUCACGAACGACUUAGGGCUUUGAUAUCCAGCAAGUACGACGUCGAUGGUAUACUGGCGAGCGUAUCAAGAGCCUCUGACGAUGAGCUGAUCCUCAAGCCAAGGGAGGACUGCAUCAAGGAGUUUGAGCGGAUUUGCUCUAAGUUACCGUCCUACGCUCUACGGUCGGUGAUAGAGAUGAGAAGCUCGUGUAUAGAGGACUUCAUCAGCAAGAAGCAGCAGUUCGAAGAGGGCCUCAGUGUUAUGACCUUCGUUACCUGGUUGUUAGGUGUUGGUGACCGUCACCUCGACAACAUUCUGAUGAGCUUGCGACACGGUUCAGUUUGCUCCGUGGAUUGGAACUGCGUACUGCGGCACGGCCGAGCCGAGCUGCCACCCGCUAGGCUCACGCGUAACCUACUUGCACUCUGCCGACCUACAGUGUUGGAAAGUCGAUUACAGAAGCUUACAGCCGCUUCGCGGGACUCCCACAGACUCUUGUUGCCAGUCUUACAAGUCUCUUUCCGAUGGAUGGGGAAAGAGGUUGAGAACGAGUUGGCGGAUGUAAGCGACUUGCUACGGGGCGAGGCUCUUCCGCACCAGGUCAGCCAGCGAGCUGGACUACGUUCUGUGCGCAAGUACUCGCACAAGUACUCACAACUGCUUGAACGCAUCUUUGCGGACUACUCGCAAAAGGACAAAUACAGUGUGGAAGAACAGGUUUCAAACUUGCUGCGGCACUGCACAGAUCCUCAAAUCUUGGGCGUCACUAGAUCAAACUGGGAACCUUGGAUCUGA